AACCAGCCACGUACUCCACUAUCUACCAAGCUUUGCCGAUUUCUUCCAUGAUUCUCUCUUCAAACCCUUGAAGACCAAAAACAUAGUGGGUUCAGUCCUUUCAGUUUUAAUCCAAAAUUCAAUGUCCUCAAUCCUGAAAAUGCCACUCUCAAUCCCGGUUCCAUCUCAAGCCCUUUCCUUCUCAAAAUCUCUUGUUUCCCCAAUUCCCCUUUUCCUUUACACUAAACUUUCGACCCUCUCCCUCCACAACUCAGCCCCACCACCCAACACCAUAAUCCGCAUGGGGGGUGGCCCCAGAACUUACCCAGGUGGAGUCUCCAAAUGGCAAUGGAAACGCAUGCAAGCCAAGAAAGCCAAGCAGCUCCUCAAAGCUCGACUUGCCCGUGAACGUCACAUCUAUGAAAUGCGCAAAAGGGCCGAGCUCAAAGCCGCCGUAUCUGAACUUGAACGCCCUUGGGAAGUCGUUGAAAAAGCACCCAACUUGUUCUCCGUUUCAGCUGAUGAGCAAGUUAAAGUUUUGGCUGACAGAUUCCAGAAGCCUGGCGGUUUCGAUAUGUGGAGCGACAGAGAUGGACCUCAGCUGUUUGAUGCUGUUGAUGAGUUGCCUUCCGCCAGGUUUUUCCCUAAAGGGGUUGUUCAUAGUGUUAAACCGUAUCUGAGAAGCAGAGAGAGUAGUGAAAACACUAAGCUUUUGACUGAAAACAAGGGAGAGGAGAGUGAGAGUGAAGUUGCUACUGUUUCAGAUACAAAUGGUAAAAAGAACGGUGUCAAAUGGAGGAGGAAAGGAUUUAGGAGAAGAUUUGGUGCUGGUGCUGCUGGGGAGGCUAAUUCUGAAGCCAAGAUAAGUAAUUUGAAGUCUGGAGUUCAUAAUAAAAGAAGGACCUUCAAGUCUGAGAUUUAUGAUAAAAGAAGUGAUUUCAAGUCUGAGGUUUUUGAUAUGAGCUUACAAGGAGAUGGGAGUUAUGGUAUUAAUAAGUAACAUUGAUUGAGUUUACAAGGAUAUUCUCAAGGAGGGAAGGAGAAAAGGCUAUGCUUUAUUGGUAAUGUUCUUCAUCUUCUUCUCAAAAUUGUCUCACUUUCUUCUUUCCCUGGAUGAAAAAUGCUUUUGAAGGUGUUGCAAUCUUUUUGUGUUUGGUUGCUGAGACAAUAUGGAAUGUAUAUGUAUAACUUGUAUAUGAAAUUCAAUGAAGAUAAAUGGCUAUUCACUUAAA